AUGCGGAGUCUCUACUUGGCGGUUCUGGGUUUAUUCUCUGCUUUACUCGCUUCAGCCCAAGUGUCAAAGAGAUGCUCUGCACCUCCGGAGCAUCCGCACGCCCGGCUGGAGGCGAGGUUCAGCCGCUGGAGGAGCUUCACCAGCGGGCAGAGGGUCAGCUUCAGGUGCCUGGAGGACUUCACUCCCAAAGGCAGCUCGUCUGUGUGGUGUGUGCAAGGAAAAUGGACCAAACUGACUCUGAAGUGCGAGAAGAGAGCGUGUGGAAACGCUGGGGAUCUACCGAAUGGACAGUUCGACUAUAAAGGGAAUUCAUUAAUCGGGCAGAAGGUUUUCGCGAAGUGCAAUCAGGGAUUCACUCUGAAGGGACUGGACUACAUGAUAUGCAAGAGCUCUGGGUGGACUGGUGAAUUCCCGAAAUGUGAAGCAGCGGCCACCUGCUCCUCCCCUGCAGUGGAGCACUCUGUGAAGGCUGGUGGGAUCGUGUCUGUGUACCAGGCUGGAGACAACGUGACCUUCACCUGCAGUCCGGGCUUCCAGCUGGAUGGAGCUCCGCAGGUCACAUGUGACCUCGGUGGACAGUGGCGUCCUCUGCUCCCUCGGUGUCUGCCCUCGACCGAAGGACCUGAUCAGGCCUCUCGCAAAGAAGGUGGAUGUGGCAAACCGCCCACCAUAAAAACAAAGAACGCCAACCUCGCUGACAAGUAUAUCACCAUGACAACCUUUAAGUCCGGCGACCGAGUCCCCUACACGUGCAAUGUUGGAUACGCUCCAGCUGGAGGCAAUAGACUUCGCACGUGCAAGAACGGGGAGUGGACGCCACUGUUCCUGAAAUGUGAACCAAAGCAGUGCGGCUCUGCAGGAGAGAUUCUGAAUGGACAGUUCACUUACACUGGAUUGGAGUUUGGAGACACUGCUACAGCCGUCUGUGAUAACGGGUAUAUUCUCGUCGGACGGGCCACCAGGAACUGCAAGAAUAACGGCUGGGAUGGACGUGUGGCUGUUUGUGAAGCUGUGGUGUGUGAGGAGGCUCCACAGGGGACCAACGCAGAGAGGAGCAACCUUCAGGAGCCACCGUACACCUUCAGGAGCGUGAUUGGCUAUCGGUGUAGUGAGGGAACCCUUGUUGGACCAAAGGAGAUCUGGUGCACCAACAAAGGGACAUGGAGCUCACCUCCUCCUCAAUGCAAAGUGAUUACAUGUGCGUCUCCAAUUGUGUCCAGCGCCUCCUGGGCUGGAGCUCAGAUGAACCUGUAUCACUACAGGGACACCAUAUCCAUCGAGUGCUACAGAGGCUACACCAUGAGCGGCCAGAGCUCCGUUACCUGUGGUCAAGAUGGCCAGUGGUCACCUGGCCUGCCUAAGUGUACACGCACACACUAA